AUGCCGACGGUGACAUCGACUCCGUACAAGAUACUCGGAUCGCCUAUGCAAUGCCACUGCAAUUUCAUUGUCAAUAAGUCCUGCAUCCCAGUCCUGUUUCUGGGUUGUCUGCUAUAUCUGCAUUGA